AUGAUUAACAAUAAAAAUAAAACAGAAAAUAUAGUUACAAAUAACGAUAAACAAAUAAAAGAUAUUCAUACAACUGAUUAUAUUAUUGAUUUAUUAUCAAACAUAAUAAAUUCAAAAAAUAUACAAAAUAUAACAGAAAACAAUAAUAUUUCACAUUCUUUUAACAUAGAAACUUUUUAUAAACUUUAUGAAAUAUGUACAAAACAUACUAUUAAAACAUCAACAUCUAUUAAAACAUAUAUUAAUAUUAUAAUAAAAUUUAUAAAACUAUUAAUAAUAUAUCUAAUUGAAAAAUAUUAUUAUAACUUUAACGAUAUUUACUUUAUACUAAAAUCAAGCAAAGAUAUAGAAACUUUUAAUUUUUAUACCAGUUUCAACAAUUUAAAGACAUAUUUAAAUUCUUUCAUACAAAAAAAAAAUAAACCAGGUACAAGACUUAGUGUUUAUUAUAUCAUACUAUUACUGGUAUAUAUAUAUUUUGGUCCUAUAUCAUGGUUUUUAAUAAGAGUUCUUACUGAUGCUCAAAACUGGAUGGAACAUACUUUGGAUACAAUGGUUAUCUUACCACUUCCAUUUAUACAGUAA